GGGGUUUUUCUGCACAAAUAGGGUAGCUGGAGUUUGCUUCAGGGCAUCAGUUGACUUCCGUGAUUAUGGAGAUGCUGGUGUAAGGCCUUCAGGAGACGAUGGAGAAAAAAUGGACCUACUGCGCUGUCUGUUCCAUCAUCCAGAUACAUUUCAUCAGGGGAGUAUGGGAAAAAACAUCCAAUACAGAAGACAUCUAUGCUUUCCCUGGCUCUGAUGUCAACCUAACCUGUCAAACAUGGAAGAAAGGCUUCUUGGUGCAGAUGCAAUGGUCCAAGGUCACUGAUAAAUUGGAUCUGAUUGCCCUUUAUCAUCCGCAGUAUGGCUUGCACUGUGCUAAUGGCGGUCCCUGUGAGUCACUGGUGACUUUCACAGAAACUUCCAGAAAUGUGUCAACGUGGAUUCUGCACUUAAAGAACGUGUCCUCCUCACUCACUGGGAAGUAUGAGUGUGGCUUUACUCUGUAUCCGGAGGGUGUUCGGACUAAAAUCUACAACCUACUCAUUCAGACAAAUGUUACACAGAAUGAAUGGAGAAGCAGCAAUAUAAUAGAAGUACAGAUAAAUCAGUCUGUGGAAAUACCAUGCUUUCAAAAUAUCUCCUCAGAAAUUUCGUCUGAGUUCACCUUUGCAUGGUUGGUGGAGGAUAAUGGAACUCGGGAAACACUUAUCACCCAAGGUCAAUCCAUCAGCAAUUCCACAUUAUUUAAAGACAGAGUCAAGCUAGGUACAGACUAUAAACUCUACCUCUCUCCAGUCCAAAUCCACGAUGAUGACCAGAAGUUCUCCUGCCACGUUAUGGUCAGACCUGGCAAAAUCUUGAGGAGUUCCACCACAGUCAAGGUUUUUGCUAAGCCAGAAAUCCCCACGAUUGUGGAAAAUAACUCUACGGAUGUCUUGAGAGAGAGAACAUUUACCUGCUCCCAGAGGAAUGUAUUUCCCACAGCAAAUCUCACGUGGUUUAUAGAAGGAGGCUUUCCUCAAGGUGAAAAAGAAGGAAUAUACAUUACUAAUGAAGAGAGAAAAAUCAAAGGUGGAUUUUUGGAGCUGAAGUCUGUUUUGACAAGGGUGUAUGGUAAUAAACCAGCCCAAUCAAAUAACCUGACCAUCUGGUGUAUGGCCCUAUCUCCAGUCCCUGGAAAUAAAGUGUGGAACAUCUCAUCUGAAAAGAUCACUUUUUCCUUGGGCUCAGUGAACCCUUCAGCAAGUCCUCCGCUUGAUGUUGUCACAUUAACCCUUGGCACCCGACCUUCUCCAGUCAACAGCGUAUCUCCUACAAGAUAUCCAGCUGUAUCUUCCACAGCCCUUGGAGAAGUGGGUACUCCGACUCCAAAUACCACCCCUCAAACCAGCAAUUCCAGUGUGACUACCCAAGGCUUCAACUACUCCUGGACCCCCAGCAGGCAAGAUACCAAAAACUCAGCUUCAUGGAUGCCCAGUGAAACAUAUAGUUCAUCCCCCUCAGGUGCAAGCUCAACAAUUCAUGGUGAUGUCUUCACCAGCACAACCAGAACAUUUUCAGAGGUUCCCACAACUGCCAAUGGAUCGACAAAAAAUAUUCACAUCCAUAUCACUGGUAUUGUGGCCAAUAAACCUAAAAAUGGAAUGUCCUGGCCGGUGAUUGUAGCAGCUUUGCUCUCUUUCUGCAUAGCAUUGUUUGGUCUUGGAGUGAGAAAAUGGUGUCAAUACCAGAAGGAAAUCAUGGAAAGACCCCCGCCUUUCAAGCCACCUCCACCUCCCAUCAAGUACACUUGCAUUCAAGAGUCCAUUGGAAGUGAUCUGCCUUGUCAUGAGAUGGAGACACUGUAGCCCCCAUGAGACU